UAGUGUUUAACCCUUUCUUUAGCUCUCCGGCGACAGAAACUUUAUAAGCUUAAAGAACCUGAUAAAAUGUACCAGAAAAGUGUAUUCUUGAUCAAACUGUUAAUGUGGAAAACAGCUUCUUGUAUAGUUGUCAGGGUCAAAAGUUUUGACAAUUUUGUUGCUUACAGUGAUAGGGGGCUUGUAGACUACACGACUCUUCCAACAUACACCUCACCUAAAUAGGUUACAUCUUAAUUACGCUACACAUUACUUCAGUUGCAUUUUACAGUUUAAUAACUCAGUUUGCAACCUACUGACAUUGGAAUCAAGACGUUUAAGUAAAAUGUAAAAACGAAGAAAAUGUUUUCGUUUUUGUUUCGUGGAGUAACUUUUGUCACGCUGCCUUACCAAACUCAACCAAUGAACGAGACGAUUACUGUCAAUGAACGUUGCGUUGCUAUCCAUGGUGUUGUCAAACUGGGUAAUGCCAAAGAAAGCGCUAUCUUUGGCCUGACUGCCAGCAAGGUAGUCAGCUACCCCUCUUGAAAGGUAUUUGCCAGCAGACAUUGUGGCAGCUAGUGUAAUGGUCAUUAUGGGGUCCGUCGCAUUCAACUUUGAACAGAAUGUGGAGAAGAUUCUUAACGGCGAAGGGAUGGAGGUCACGGAAAUCGAUUCAGCUCCCGAACAAAUAAAACCUGUGGCUUUGAAGAAAACGGUUUGCUACAUUGUCAGCGCAGUGAUCUUCAAUUCAAAGAAGGAAGUAUUGAUGGUCCAGGAAGCUAAGCAGGGGUGCUAUGGCAGCUGGUAUUUGCCAGCUGGGCGUAUGGAGGUGGGCGAGAGCAUCGAGGAGGCGAUGAAACGGGAGGUGCUAGAGGAGGCAGGCCUGGAGUGCCAGCCAAUCACGCUCAUCCUGGUGCAGGAGCAGGGUCCUCAGUGGGUCCGCUUCGCCUUCCUGGCCGAGGUCACAGGAGGUACUUUGAAGACUAAGGCCCAAGCAGAUGCUGAGUCUCUGCAGGCGUGUUGGUGGGACAGGGAGUCCCCUCUUCCUCUGCGUGGCCAGGACAUCCUGUCUCUGAUUGAAUCGGGGCUGCGCUACCGGGAGAAGCCCUGGUUUCCGGCCGUGCUGCCUCUCGACCUGCCCUGCCCCGUGGUGUGCCAGCGUGUGGUGCUCACCUUCGCUGCGGGCAUCUACGUAUGGCUCCUGGUGAGCAACGGCCCAGAGGGAUCAAACGCAGUGAGCAGCGGAGGCAGCAGCAGCAGCGGCAGCACAAGCAUUGAGGAGAAGGAGAGGGGCAAGAAAAAGAGCGAGGUGGAUAUGACGGACGCUCACCUCCCGGUGGCGCUGUCCACCAAGACCCACACGGCGAUGUGGGCGGCCCAGCGGCUGGUGCAGGAGUGCAUGCCGUCGUGCUACUACGAGCUGGACGUCAACACGCACGGCCUGCUGGGAGUGCAGCACAACGGCCGCGUGCCGGGCAAAACAGACGGCCUGUGCUUUAACACGCUGGUGUCGCUGACGCUGGAGCGUCGCGGCGGGGGCCCGCCCAUGGAGUUGGGGGGCGAGCCGGCCGAUCCUCCACCCGUGGAGCAUGGGCAGUACCGCUGGCACAAAGUGGACAACUCUUGCCUGAGAGAUACCAUCCUGCGCCGGAUACGGCAGGGCACCACGCUGCCUGUGGUUAGCUUGUACUGAGGGGGAAACAGAAGUCAGACUCGGAAAGAAUUUGCCUCUGGGAUAUACCUCCUGGUCCUCUGCUAUUUUGAGGACGUUGUUUUAAGGGCAGAGUGCACAGGAGUCUAUGGAGGAAGUGCAUACAGAAAGCUAUGCAAUUGAGCGUGCGUUUAAUUGACCUAUGGGCUCACAAGAAAGCCAUAUCAGAAAGUCUUCCUUUAUGCACCGUGAUGGGAUGACGUGACGAUGCUGCGGGACAGAAUGAAGGGCAUGAUGUACAGGGUCUCCCUUCUUGCUGAGCAAGGGCAGACGCUGCAGGCAUUUUAAUCCGUGUAGCAUGGGUGUGUUUCAAAGGACUGUGAGGGCUGGGAAUGUUCGGAUGGGAAAAGAAACUGUUAUAUAAUUUUUAGCAGAUUGCUAUGUUGCUAGGUUAUGUUGAAAUUGUUGCAAGGGCGUCGUGACUAACAUGCAGGUGUGAACACAGAUGCAAGUAUGUUUGAGGGACACCAUUUGAAAAUACUUGAAAUACCUGACUUGAAUUCUAAGGAUGAGGAUCUGUAUAGUUAGUGCAUGGUAAAGCAAUAUUUAUACAUCUUUAACUUUUAAUCAUUACCGAAGAAUGCACCCUAAGUACAGCAGUGUAUCACUCGUGACCAAAUACAUGUAUGAGCAAGAAUCAUAUUGUUUACUGCGUAAGAUGUUUCCAGCACUUCUGUAUCAGAGCUUAUCAGAGCCUAUAUGUAUUACUUAGUCUAUUAAUGCGUUUGCUACAGUGAGUACCAUGAGAGUAAGGUUACUUCUCUUCUGAUAGAAGAGAAAGGUGAUAAGGUAAAAAGGAGUAUUUUUGCAGCAGAUAAUAAUUUCUGAGUAAACACAAAUCUAGCUACGGUUUACUUUAUUGUACUAGACUGAUUUAUAAUAAAUCACAAAUUAUUAAA